AACACGGCUCGUUUGUGAAGGAGAGCAGGGAAGCCGGGGUUGUGUAGCUUGACCCCCUCGGACGUUGCAGCCAUGGGUUGCUGCUACAGUGGCGAGGACAACAACUCAGGAGAGAAGAGCAGUGAGACAGAUCCGCUGAUCCCACCGCCAAACCCUACCAGCAAGCCUCCAAAUGGGACAGACUGGAUCACCACCAAUGUCCCGUCAGCACGGACGGAUGAGCAGGCCCUCCUUAAUUCAAUCAUCACCAAGACUGCACAGAAUAUCAUCGAUGUGUCAGCAGCUGAUUCGGUUGUGAUGGAGCAACACGAAUACAUGGACAAAGCUAGGCAAUACAGUACGAAGCUGGCUGUGUUGAGCACCAACCUUCAUCAAAAGAAAGCCCUCACUCUUCCCUCCCUAACAAGCCAGCCUCACCAAGUGCUCGCAAGUGACCUGGUGCCAUACUCUGAUGUUCAGCAGGUAUCAAAAAUAGCAGCUUAUGCUUGCAGUGCAAUCUCUCAAAUCAAAGUGGAUGCUAAAGAGGAACUGGUGGUCCAGUUCGCCAUUCCCUGAUCCUGAGACUUUAAACCUGCGUAUCGUUCCUCUUUGUCACUCCAGCACCCUCGUUCUCCUGCCCGCCUUUUAUUAAACCGUUUUGAUCCUUGUGCUCUUUUUAGUCCCGUCUCUGUUAAAGUCUAAAGGGUUGGUGACAUUUGUCAGUGUGAAACCGGCAGCUCAAGAUGGUUUGUUGAUGGAAAUGGUCUCACACAUCCACGUUGCCUCCUCUGUAUUUAAUGCAAACAUCACAGCUUUUGUUUAAACUAGAUGUGGGGAAUAAUAUGGACAUUUUUUUUAAACUGAUUUUGUAUUUUUUUUAAUCAAGUCUCUUUGUCUGAAUGCUCUGACUGUAUCUGAAUAUUUACUGCACAUCAUGUUUUGAUCACCCAGAACUCGUGGAGGAUGUUUGGCUCAUGAUAUUUUUUUACUGGACUUGCACAGGAGCUAGAAAUCUGAGGACUUUAAUGUGGGCUAAUUCUACAUUUUAAUGUUAUAUUUGGAAGUACAUGGGUUUUAAGUUCUUAGUGUAUUAAUACGAUAUAAACAAAACUUCCAACCUGGCUUCAUAUUUACACUUUUAGCUCAACAUCCUUUCCUCAGGUUGAACAGUAAAAAUGUCAGAGUCACAGCUCUCUUAAAGGUGUCUUUAUUUUUUCACAAAAAAUCAAGAUGUCGGUCAGCAUAAAGAACUGUUAUAUCUCCUUAACUUGUGAUGACAUUAAAACCUGAAAGAUAGUUUCUUGAUUAACAAUGUAAUCGUUCUGUCAAACAGAAGCCACAUCAUGUUUAAAGAUGGGUGUGGAGGGAGCUGCCUGGGUGUGCCUGCUAAUGUCACUUUCAACCUGACUUUUUCUCCUUUUUUUUUUUUUUUGGAAGCACAAGGCUAAAGUUUACAGACGGAGAUGUUUAAGCUUCUAGAAGCAUUCAGAGGCGGUGGAUUAACUCAGUUGGAGAGCAGGGUGGGUCGUGCAGGAUGCAGGGACGUGUCCGCUGUGGUUUCCUACCUUUGUACAGAACUUUUAGAUCAACUUUAUUAACAGCUGAAGAAUUGUAUGAAGAUUUUUGUUGUUUUAUUUUAUUUUUUUCAGAGUGAAUUGAUCAGACUUGUUGGAUGAGAAUUUGUUUUUUAACGAGAAACAGCUACACUUUUAGAGCCCUCCUUUGUGUUUCUUUCUAGAUUAGCCUGGUCAUGUUAAAACACAGUGUAGCAGUGUGGACAUUCUGUCAAUCCAAGCAGAUUCAAUAAUCUCACACCUAUAUGUGAUUAUUUAUUUCUUGGUUUUCAAAUGUGCUCCUGGAAAGAGCACAGCUACCUGUGAGCACUGCGAGCUGAUGUCAAGUCGCUAAAGGGAUUUUCUGUCCAGCUGUGAUUAUUUAUACCACACAACUGAUCUGAGGUUUUCUUUCAUCAAAUGUUUUUUUUUUCUUUUUUCCCUGUUUGUUACUUAAAUAUGUAACACACCAUUAAAGACUGUAUGUUUGUAAUAUCUUAGGCUUGUACCAAAAAGUUUUGAAUAUUUUGUUUUUGGGUUCAAUCUGUUAAUUAAAACCCUUCAACAGAA